GAUGGGGCGGCGGGCCGGGGCGGCGGGGGCCGCGCGAACUGUCAGCGGGGCCCGGUCCCCGCGGGGACCCGCCCGCCCGGGGCGCAUUGUGCGCGCCGGCCUGCGAGCGCAGCCCCGCGUGGCCGGGCCUGGCCGGGCGCCGUGUCCCCGCGGCCCACGCGGCCCACGCUCGGCUUCCUCACCCACUCUGGCUGCUCGGCUCGUCCGGACCUCACCAAACUCGAGCGGACGCCGGGAGGCCUCAGGGACGGCGGCGACGGCUCCUGGCCCUCCUCAGGCCACCCCCCGCGCGAUCGCGGCCCCCGCGUCUCUUCGGCCGGGGCCGUUCGCGGGGUGGGGUGGGGGGUUCGCUAUGUCGGAUGACGAUUCGAGGGCCAGCACCAGCUCUUCCUCAUCUUCGUCCUCCAACCAGCAGACCGAGAAAGAAGGCAGCACCCCCAAGAAGAAGGAGAGUAAAGUCAGCAUGAGCAAAAACUCGAAGCUCCUCUCCACCAGUGCCAAGAGGAUCCAGAAGGAGCUGGCAGACAUCACUUUAGACCCGCCGCCAAACUGCAGUGCUGGUCCCAAAGGUGACAACAUCUAUGAGUGGAGAUCAACCAUUCUGGGGCCUCCAGGGUCUGUGUAUGAAGGUGGAGUCUUCUUCCUCGACAUCACUUUUACACCAGAGUAUCCCUUCAAGCCUCCAAAGGUUACGUUUCGUACAAGAAUUUAUCACUGUAAUAUUAAUAGCCAAGGAGUUAUCUGCUUGGACAUAUUGAAAGACAACUGGAGCCCAGCACUAACCAUCUCGAAAGUCCUCCUCUCUAUCUGCUCACUCCUUACAGACUGCAAUCCUGCCGACCCUUUGGUGGGAAGCAUUGCCACUCAGUAUAUGACCAACAGAGCAGAGCACGACAGAAUGGCCAGACAGUGGACCAAGAGAUACGCUACAUAAACUGGGUUUUCACAGUUCUUACAUGAUUGUCUGUCACAGAAGAGAGCUGCUUAUGAUUUUGAAAGGGUGGGGGUGGGAGUUGGUAAAGAGUAGGGUAUUUCUAUAACAGAUAUUAUUCAGUCUUACUUCCCAGGAUUUUGUUGUAACUUAAGGUAUCUUGCUACAGUAGACACAGUGGUAAUAGCGACUUUUAGAGCUGUCACUUUGCAAGAUUAGCUGACUUAGUACAACAGGAAAGAAUGCAUGUGUAGACACUUGUGUUCCAUUGAUUGUAGUCUACUGUACUUUCAAAACCAGUUUCAAUUUGUAUAGGUCACACACGGCCAUUUAUGUAAAGUCCUAUUUUCUUUUUUAAAAAAGUUGGAAUUUGUUUUUCCUUCUUAGAAGGAAACAAUGGUAUUUAACAAGUUUGCAAAGAUGAGUUUGUUACCUCGUAUAUGUAAAAUGGACAGCUGACUACAAGACACCAUGUAGGAAACCACUAGUUAAUGUAUUUUAUUUUAUAUGCAAAUUACUUCAAGAGUUAGAUCAGGCUUUGUGGAAAGCUGUAGUGAAAUACCUUAAGCUGUUAAGUGUAAGUGCGGAGUAGGAACUGCUCAGUCGAUUGGUUGAUUUAGACUUCUUAUGUCUGCAUUUGUUACUGUGCUAAUAAACCAUAUUAAGAACAA